AUGAAGUGGACUACACUCAUUGUCCCAUUGGCAUUCCUCGCCGAGGCCGUCUUUGCUACCGGUCAGCUGAAUGGCCUUCCAGUCCUCAAUGGACCUAUCCCCACUGUCGGCAAUGUCCACGGCAUGAAGUCAAGGGUGGGAGACUUUGUUCAUCCAGGUCUUUGGCAUACACACGAUGAUCUCGAGAGAAUCAGACUCGGUGUUGCCAAUAGACAGGACCCGUGGAAGACCGCUUUCCUUAAUUUCAGUACAGAUUCGUUUUCACAGGCUUCGUAUGUGAUGCAAGGACCAAAAAGCAUCAUCUGCAGAGGUUCAUGCAGCAACUACACAACCUUCACGAACGAUGUCCGUGCCGCAUACCAAAAUGCCAUGAUGUGGUACAUAACCCGGAACCAAAGCCACUGGGAUCGUUCAACUACCAUCCUUGAUGCUUGGGGAACAAAUUUGACGAGCAUCAUCGGAACUGAUACGUCGCUAUUGGUCGGACUUGAGGGAGACAUGUUCGCGAAUGCUGCUGAAAUCAUGAGAUGGGAAGGAGGCUGGGUGGAGCAGGGCGCGAAGGCCUCUGGUGGGAGUGGCUUCUCUAAUCAGCUUUAUUGGCUCUUUGCUCGACAGUCGAUCAUUAUUGGACAAGCGAAUUAUGGAAUGGUUAGCAUUAAGGCUCUUUUGGCGUUUUCAGUAUACCUUGACGAUGUUACUAUGUACAAUUAUGCGAUCAAUUCCUAUCAGAAUGACCUUUGCGCUGGCAUAUACGGCAAUUACGAUACGCAGACGGGUCAAGGAGCCGAAACUGGCAGAGAUCAAGGCCAUGCCGUGUCAGGCCUUGGCUGGACCGCUCUUGCCGCUCGUAUAAUCCAAUCUCAAGGAACUGAUGUUUACUCAGUCGGAAACAACCUCCUUCUCACUGCAGCAGAAUACUCCGCAAAGUACAAUUUGGGCCAUGACGUCCCAUACGACCCAAAGUUCUAUCGCUGCGAAGCCAUCCUCAUCAAUGGACCUUGGUCUGCACCCUCAACUAUCAGCCGUGGUCUAGGCAAGACCUCGGCUACGACUCAGACUCCCGGCGUUUGGGAUAUCCUCUACUAUCAAUACGUCGUCAAGAGAGGGCUGAAUGCCCCCUGGACCGUGAAGGCAAAACAAGUGUAUGAUGCUUCCGGUGGCGAACAGCAUCCAACCGGAAACAGUCAGGGAGAUCAACCGAGCUGGGGAGAUUUGCUUUGGUCUUACCCUGGCAAAGGGCAGUUCGUUAAUCAUAAUGAUAGGACGAUCUGGGGUGGUGGGACAAUUGGUACUAAUGGCACGGGAAAUUUGAAUUCUUCAUGA